AUGUUAUCGCUAAUAGUAAAUCAUAAUUCGUUUAAAAAUGUUGGAAAAAUCAAGUGUUUCAGUAAAUUUAAUGUGAAAUUUCAACAAAUACACACCGACAAUUUAAUCAUAUUAAUUAAAUGGAUUACUUUACUCAUUUUUGUCACAACAACGCCGUUAUUAUGUUCAGCGGGAUAUAAUGAAAAGCGAUUACUACAUGAUCUUUUAGACCCAUAUAAUACACUCGAACGACCAGUAGUGAAUGAAUCCGAUCCACUUCAAAUUAGUUUUGGUUUAACAUUAAUGCAAAUUAUCGAUGUGGAUGAGAAAAAUCAGUUGCUAGUAACAAAUAUUUGGUUAAAGUUGGAAUGGAAUGACAUGAAUUUGAGAUGGAAUGCAACCGAGUACGGUGGAGUAAAGGAUCUUCGCAUUCCGCCACAUCGAAUAUGGAAGCCUGAUGUGCUGAUGUAUAAUAGUGCUGAUGAGGGAUUUGAUGGCACAUAUCCAACAAAUGUUGUUGUAAGAAGUAAUGGUUCAUGCCUAUACGUACCACCCGGUAUCUUUAAGUCAACAUGUAAAAUCGAUAUUACGUGGUUUCCAUUCGAUGACCAACGAUGUGAAAUGAAAUUUGGAAGUUGGACGUACGAUGGAUUUCAGCUUGAUCUCCAGCUGCAAGAUGAACAAGGUGGUGAUAUAAGUAGCUUUGUUACGAACGGUGAAUGGGAUUUGUUAGGUGUCCCGGGCAAAAGAAACGAGAUCUAUUACAAUUGUUGUCCAGAGCCGUACGUGGACGUAACAUUUGCGAUAAUCAUAAGACGACGAACGUUGUAUUAUUUUUUUAAUUUAAUCGUCCCAUGUGUAUUGAUUGCAUCGAUGGCAUUAUUAGGAUUCACAUUACCACCUGAUUCGGGUGAAAAACUAUCAUUAGGCGUAACAAUUUUAUUAUCAUUAACUGUAUUUUUAAAUAUGGUCGCUGAGACAAUGCCGGCAACAUCAGAUGCCGUUCCAUUAUUAGGUACAUAUUUCAAUUGCAUAAUGUUCAUGGUUGCGUCGUCAGUCGUCUCAACAAUUUUAAUCUUAAAUUACCAUCAUAGAAACGCCGAUACACAUGAAAUGUCUGAUUGGGUGAAAAUAGUUUUUCUGUACUGGUUGCCUUGUAUUCUACGAAUGCAUCGACCUGAACGAGUUGUAAUGGAAUAUCCACCGACGCCGACGUCGGAUGCGUCUGAACGUAAAGCAACAAAUAUUCAGGAUGUUGAACUUCGAGAACGAUCCUCAAAGUCACUUUUAGCUAAUGUAUUAGACAUCGACGAUGAUUUUCGGCAUAAUUGUAGACCGUUAACUCCAGGAGGUACACUGCCACACAAUCAACCUUAUUUUAGAACUGUUUAUAGACAUGAUGACAAUUGUAGCAUUGGAACAAUUGGAGGCGGACGAAUGCCUGAUGCAAUUGCACCGCACGCAUGCAGUUUUACAUCGUCAGCUGAUUAUGAAUUGGCAUUGAUAUUAAAAGAGAUACGAUUUAUUACGGAUCAAAUACGAAAAGAGGACGAUGAUUCAGGAGUGGCGAAAGAUUGGAAAUAUGCUGCUAUGGUCGUUGAUAGACUGUGCCUUAUUAUUUUUACAUUCUUCACAAUAGUCGCCACGAUUGCAGUCCUAAUGUCAGCUCCACACAUCAUCGUUUCGUAGCCGUUUGAAAAUGGUUGUUAUUGGUUUUAUCAUAAAAUCAAUUUGUUGAUCAUCAAAUUAGUCUCAAAACUUUUCAAAUAAAUGCGAGAUAUGAGGACGGGAUGAAGCAAUUGAGAUGAACUAAUAAAAGAAUUUCUUUUAUGAUGAAAGCAUAUUAUUGAAGAAAAAGGAAGCAUCAUUCGAGUUUUUAUUUUCUGUUCGUUCAUAUAUCUUAUUAAGUCAUCAUCAUCAUAAUCAUCAUGAGAUUAGCGGAGAUGAAUCAGUUACUGUUGCUGCUAAUUUAUUAUAGCCAUGAUUUCUUUCUCAUUUGAUUGUAAUGACGAUUGUUUCCACGAUAAUGAGUUUUUUGUUAUGAUUCU